UUGCACUUCCGCCAGAACCCGGAAGUAGCGCCAAAUUUGAAAACUGUAUGGCGGUCGUUUUGCUAUGUUCAGUUACUGUAUUUCGGCAAAUGUUUAAUUAUAUCUAACUUAUGUAACGUUGUGCUACUUUCUAACAAAGUUAAUAUAGUAAAAAAUAUAUAAGUGAGUCGUAUAAGUUAACUGAAUGAACCUUUGUGUGUGUUAUUAUAUAUUAAAAAGCAAACUAAUUCGUUUUGUUUUGCUAGCGUUUGCUAGGAGAGCCACUGCUGCUGAGUUGUCGCUUACUUUUAUGUUGUAUUUAACUGAAUGAGCGUUUUAGUUGCUAGGUAUUUCUUUCCAUAUUAGCUUCUCUGAGUCUAGCCUGUCGGAUUGUUCACAUGGACACGUCGACACGCUUUUUCUCCAAGUUACGCAGUCUGGCUGUGCUUUUAGACACAGAAAGAGCCAAUCUGGAGCACACUGCGAGCCUGGACCUGGACCAAGACUAUGAUGAUGCCGAAAGUGGCGCAGUCCAAGCACUUCAUGAGCUCCAUUCUGAAGUUCGAGGACUUAAGAAACGGGUCCAAGGCCAAGUGGCAUCUCAGGAGGAUGGGAGUACUGAGCUGAGGAGCUUCGUUAAAGCCUGUAUGGUGCUGAAACAGAGGACUACAGAGGACAUUGAACGAAUUCAGAGACACUAUGAAAAAUAUGGCUACAAACCGCAGAAAGUCUGCCCGAAGCCAGAAGGCGAGGCAGAUGCAAGAUGUUCUGUAGAUGGUGAGCCCGAGGGAGAGCUAUCUGAAGAGAUGGCGGGAGAUGAAGACGAGCCGGUUGAAGCUCCAGAGUGUGAAACACCCGAGAAGAUGGCACCUCCAGCUGUUGACCCGAUGCGCACUCCGCAGCUCUCGGAUUUCGGCCUGUCUGCGCUUCACCUGCAGAUGGUGCUUGGCAAUUCAGAAAUGUCUCAUGGUUUAGCUCCAGCUGUGGCUCUCACACCACCAUCGCUUGACCUCAUGAUGAUGCACGAAUCCCAACCAAAGACACCAAAGUGCUCUCUGAUUAUGGACGAGGAGGCCCUGACCCCUCGACUGGAAGACUUUGGCAUCACAGAAAGCACAAUGUGUUUUAAUAACGAUUUUACCAUGGACCUGUUUCGCAAGCGACCACCAAAAGACAGGCAGACUAACAGCACAACACAACAGAUUGCUCAGAGAGGACCACACAGCCUGCCUACAUCUCCAUCUUGUGUCCCCCGUGGGAGGCUUUCUGCUGACAGCAUGGAGUCCCCAGAGGUGCCUUUGUUUUCUACGCUGGAGAUUAAGAUGAAUAAACAACUCGGUCAAUCAUAUUCUCCGCCAAACAGAGCGAGCGAUCCCGGUUCCCCCUCUCGUCCGAGUGCUGCCCCUGCUACGCCUGAACUCCCUACGUUUGAGACCCCUUACGUCGGCAAGCUCAUCAGUGCCAGAAAGGAGACCAAACGCAACGAAGUAGGGGGUCUUACAGGCUCACCGACGAGCACGUCGUUCCAAAACGAAGGCCCGUCUGUCAGAGUUUCACCGUCUGAAAAGCCACAAAUGCCAGUCGGCCUUUCUCAGAUGGAGGAGACCAUGCCCGAAAUGCCAAGACUGCAGUCCUUCUUUAGCAGCACUUUACCUCAUAUAGGGGCGGGUGAUCGGUCAGCCGUGACCGAGCCCCCGGGUCCUCCGCUUCAAGCUGAUGAACACACUCAGGAUUGGUGUCUGGCCACACCACGCAUCCGCAUGGAGUUUGACGUCGAGCCACGCACACCCGAGAUGCCGGAUAUGAGCUCCAUCACACAGGAUAUCUUUAAACUUGUGGCUCAGGCUAAUAAGCAACAACCCACCACUACAUCAGUACUUACAAGCUCAAAGACUAAUCUGAACACACUGGCCCCUGGGAAGGAAAACAGAACUCCGAGUGUUGCUCAAGUAUCUGAAAAAGAGUUUCAUGGGCUGGCAUCUUACAUGAAACAGAUCCCCCUCGCCAGUCUCAACUCCGCACUCAACAAAAUCAACCAAGUACUUGACAAGCGGCGCAGAGACGGUCUACCAAACUCUGAAGAAUUUCACACGGAAGAUUUGAGGAAGAUCUUGGACGUGGGGCCUCAGACUCCCAUGUACAUCUUUUGUCUUCUUGAGCUGAAAAGGUUGGAGAAUGUGCAGGGAUGUGGAAGAAAUGCCAUUUUUAAGAUCCUAACUAAGACAUAAAAAGACAUUUGAACAGUUUGCAUUAAUUGCUUGUCACAUAAACAGAAUCCGAUGCAGAAUUCUCAUAUCUCCAAUGACGCCCCAUCCGAGCGUUCUUCUGCUUCAGUGUUCCAGAUGUUGUAGUUGUAGUUAAUUAUUUGAAGUACAUUGUGUAGUAAAUGUAUAUUAUGCUGAUAAAAUAUAUAUCUGCGUGUAUGAUUUCCACUCCUCUUAGCUGUUUUUAUGUGAACAUUUCGUCUCGAAAUAUUUUAGAAUCACUUGCUUUGAUACACAGUGUGCAUUCAGUGGUUUGUGGAUUAAGCCGUGUCUUUUUAGAUGCAAGAAGAGGCCUGGGAAGCAAAACAUCUGCCUUUGUGUUCAUUUUAUGUGUAGUACUAAAUAAAGUUUAGAUAACUUCCAA